AUGAGAGUUGUAUCGCCGUUCGUCAUCGAGCAGCAGCUGGUUGGGGACGAUGCCAUCGAUCAGGUCCGUGUUCUACGGGUGCCUGCAACUGAUGGGGCCGAAGCUCAACUGGCCGUUGCUGUCUCUUUGGCGAAAUCCGGCGUUGGGGACGAGACGGAGGUUUCCAUUAUCAAGCGAGUCCGAAAGGACUUGGUCAAGAGGAUGAAAGUGGCCACCAACGGAGACUGGGUCGACAGAAGCGCGAUCCCGAAGAAAUGGAUCAUUCUCAAGGAACUCCCCGUGGACGCGUCUGGGGACGUGGACAGCAACGCUCUCCGACAGCAGCUGAGUGCCAAGCAAGACGCAAGCGUGCCCUUGACCAAGAGACAGAAGUUGAGGCGUGCCAUUGCGGCCACCCUGCGUCUGCCUCGCUCCGACGUUGUUCCCUCGGCCUCCUUCAUCCGUCUCGGCGGCGACUCCAUCAGCGCCAUCGAAGUCAUGGCACGCGCCCUGGAUGAUCAGGUCGCGGUACACGUAAGCGACAUUAUGCGCUGCGAGACCUUCGAAGAGCUUGUCGCAACGGCCACCACCGAGGACGCCGUUGUGGCCCGCGGCGCCGCCGAAGCCCGGCCCUUCUCUCUCGUUUCGGAGCUCGAUCUCGACCCCUUUUUGGCCAGCGCUCGCGAGCAGUGCCACCUGUCUAGUGAGGCUUCCAUCGAGGAUGCCUAUCCCCUUACGAAACUCCAAGAGGGCUUUAUGGCCCUGGCAACGAGACAAGAAGGCUCCUAUAUCAGCAAAUAUGCCUUUCCCCUGCCCAAGUACAUCGACGCCGUCCGAUUCCGGCGAGCCUGGGAGAAGACGCUGUUGCUGUGCACGAACCUGCGUACGCGGAUGGUCUUUUUCGGCGGUUCAUCUUACCAGGCUGUCGUCAAAGAACCUGUUGUCUGGGACGAGACCUUGGGAAGCACCGUGGCAUCGGCCGUCGACGCGAUGAACAGCGCCAAGAUGACGUACGGAUCGCAGCUAUGCCGCUACGGAUUAGCCAAGGACUCUGACGACCAGGACUAUUUCAUCUGGCUCAUCCAUCAUUCCAUCUACGAUGGCUGGUCGAUGCGCCUCAUUGUCGAAACGCUCCAUCGUCUGUACUAUGGAGCUGAAAUCCCGCCCAUGUCCCCCUUUUCGGGAAUCAUCGACUACGUGCAGAACAUAGACCUGGACUCCGCUAGCGUUUAUUGGAAAGCCCAGCUCGCCGACGCGAAGAGACCGACGUUUCCUCUCGUCCCGUCCAGCAUGACAACUUCGUCGACGAACAACGGCGCCGUGGAGACGGUGACACGACUCGAGAAGCACAUGAUUCCCCUGCAAAACUCAACUGGAGUGGCGUUGACCAGAGCAACUGUCAUGCGCGCCGCGUGGGCUUUACUACUGGCGCGAUACUGUGAUUCGGACGAUGUUUGCUUCGGCACCACCGUCUCCGGUCGUCAAGCACCCGUCCGGGGCGUCCAGAGGAUUCCUGGUCCGCUCAUUGCCAGUGUCCCUGUUCGUAUUCGGCUUCAUCGCACGCAGUCUGUCGUCGCCUUUCUACAAGGCAUCCAGGACCAAGCAAACGAGAUGACGGCCCAUGAGCAAUAUGGCCUGCAGAGUAUCGCCAAGCUCAGUCCCGAAGCGCAGGAUGUCUGCGACUUUUCCAGUCUGCUCGUUAUCCAACCGGACAGAAUCCUCGGCUACCCGGACGUUGCCGGCCUUCGGGUGUUGCUUCCUUUGAACGAGGCAAACUUCGGCCCCGAUCAGAUGCUGGAGGGUUACUACAACUACCCUCUUGUGCUGCAGGUCCAUUUGUUUGAACAUCAGGCAGAGCUCUCUGUGACCUACGACUCACGAGUUUUGUCUCAGGCCCAGGUGCAAGCGCUGUGUUACCAGUACGACCACGUUGUCCAGCAGCUGCUUAAUCCCAAGGAUAGUGUGCUGGGAGACAUUGCCCUGGCUGGGCCGUGGGAUAUGGAGCAAGCUCUCGAAUGGAACAGCGAUGAAGACCCGGAAAUCGUUUCGUCCUGCGUCCAUGAGCUCAUCCACGAACACGCACAAAUUCGACCAGAUGCGCCAGCGAUUUCCGCCUGGGAUGGCGAACUGUCGUAUCGCCAGUUGGACGAGGCAGCAGACAGGCUUGCUUUAUACAUGCUUUAUAAGUUUGGUCUCGUAGAGGAUAGUCUCGUCCACGUGUGUUUUGAGAAAUCUGUUUGGUUCUUUGUCUCCAUACUGGCGAUCAAUAAGGCGGGCUGUGCCUGGGUUCCCCUCGACCCUGCGCAUCCGCUCGAUCGUCAAAAACAGGUGGUACAUCAAACACAGGCAGGGCUGGCAUUGUCAUCCCCCACGACAAGAAGCAUAUGCGCAGACAUAGUGCCUCACAUGCUGGUGGUCUCAUCCGACUUGGAUGCAAUGCUUCAGGGGAACUCGUCGCUCCAAGUCGACACUACGACCACGGGCCGCUCUCUUCCCAAGGUCAGCCCCCGCACGGCAUCGUACGUGCUGUUCACGUCUGGUAGCACGGGAACGCCGAAAGGCUUGGUGAUGGAGCACGAGUCCGUCUGCACCAGUCAAAGAUGCAUUGGCCAAAGAGUAGGCAUAUCCCCUGCCACGCGGAUGUUGCAGUUUGCAUCAUACGUGUUCGACGCCUGCAUCGGAGAAGCAAUCGGGACCCUUACAGCCGGUGGCUGCGUCUGCGUACCGUCUGAUGAAGUACGCAUGAACAACAUCGCCGACUUCAUCACCCAAAACUCGAUCAACACCGCCCUGCUCACACCGUCCUUUGUCAGAACGAUUCGACCUGCCGACGUGCCAUCCUUGCGGGUCCUGAUGCUUGCCGGUGAAGCCGUUGGACGAGACAUCCUCGAUGCGUGGUUUCAACCCGGCAAGAUCCGGCUGUUCAACGGCUGGGGCCCGGCAGAAACCUGCGUCUUCAGCACUCUCCAUGAGUGGCAAUCUGUGGACGAGUCUCCACGCACCAUCGGGAGGCCUGUCGCUGGCUUCUGCUGGAUCGUCGACCCGUCGAACCCGGAGCGCCUAGCGCCAGUAGGCUGUCUGGGCGAAGUCGUCAUCCAGGGUCCUACAAUCCUGAGAGAAUAUCUGGCUGACCCGACUCGUACUGCGGAGAGCACAUGGGCCUCACCGAGUUGGGCCCCGAGACGCGAGAUGCCCCGCUGGAGUCGCAUCUAUCGAUCCGGGGACUUGUGCUCCUACAACUCCAACGGCACAAUCGAAUUUUCCAGCCGAAAGGAUACUCAGGUCAAGAUCCGUGGGCUCCGUGUCGAGCUCGGCGAGGUCGAGUUCUGCAUCAGAGCUGCGCUGGAGGGGGCCUGCCAAGUCGUUGUGGACGUGUUCAAGACGGACGCUGGUGCCGUGAAUCUCGCGGCUUACUUUUGCUUCACCAACGAUACGAAAACCACGAACAAGUCGGGCAGCAACUGCAGUGACAUGUUUCUCCCUCUUACGGACGAUUUGGCACAGCGGAUCAACCAUGUAAUCGGGGAGCUCACCGUCAAGUUACCUCGGUACAUGGUUCCGGCCCUCUUCAUUCACUGUCGCUACAUGCCGGUCAUUACCUCCACCAAGAUCGAUCGUAACAUGCUGAAACGACACAGCUCCUCGCUUUCGAGGGCGGAGUUGUCCACGUAUUCUUUGCAGGGAAGCAAGAAGCGUGCCCCGGAGACCGCCAUCGAGCUCAAACUGCAGCGACUCUGGGCGGACGUUCUUCAGAUCCCGGUUGAUUCCAUUGGCUUGGACGACAGCUUCCUGCGCAUCGGCGGUGACUCAAUCGCAGCCAUUCGCCUCGUUGCUCUAGCCCGAGGCGCCGGGAUCAAGCUCGCGGUCAGAGACAUCUUUGAUGACCCCAGGCUUCUUGGCAUGGGUGAGCGGGCUUUGGCCGGGGUGCACGAUGAGUGGCACGCGGAUAAGGCAGAAAUUCUGCCGUUCAACCUCUUGUCUGAGCCGUUGCGUAAGGUCUUCACCCAAGUAUCAGAGUCAACCGUCGACACCCAUGAUUCUGCUUUGGUCAACGCUACAAUCCUGAAGCAGUGCUCGCUUUCGAGCAACCAAGACAUCGAGGAUGCCUAUCCUUGUACCAAGCUCCAGGAGGGAUUCGCUGCACUCGCCAUCAAGCAGACUGGGUCCUAUAAGGGAAGAUACGUGUACAGGAUCCCGCCACAUGUCGACAUUGCCCGGUUCAAGGAAUCUUGGGCCCGCACCGUCGCCCUUUGCCGGAAUUUACGGACGAGGAUCACCUUUGCGGCGGGGCCUUCGGUCCAGGUGGUUGUCAAGGACGAGUUUGCCUGGGACACGACCGAGGACUGCAACCUCCUCGACGCAAUCAGUGUUCUAGGCGGAAUCGAGAUGACAGAAGGGUCGAGAAUGUGUCGGUAUGGCUUGGCCAGGGACACCAACGAUGAACUGUACUUCAUCUUGGUUAUUCACCACGCUGUCUACGAUGGCUGGACGAUGCGUCUGGUCAUCAACACCGUGAACCAGGUCUACACAAACGACAAGAGCCCGAAUCUUACGCCAUAUAACCACUUCAUCAAAUACGUCACUACCAUGGACGAUGAAAGAAGCGCUGAGUAUUGGAAGAAGCAGCUCGAGAAUGCCAAACAAGCAACAUUCCCACCCAUUCCCGGGUCUCUCUCAUCCCGAACAGGGGGGAACGUGACUCGGGUUCUGCGGAAGACCAUUCAACUCUACCGCCCUCCCGACUCAUCAUCCUCGAUAACCAAGGCAACGAUCCUUCGUGCUGCAUGGGCGAUGCUCCUGGCGCGGUGCUGCGACACGGACGAUAUCUGCUUCGGGACUUCGGUAUCCGGCCGGCAGGCGCCUGUGCAUGGCAUCGAAGCCAUAGCCGGGCCUCUCGUCGCCACGGUGCCGGUUCGAGUGCGUCUGGACCCUUCCAAACAGGUCUCGGAAUUUCUUCAGCAAGUUCAGCAACAGUCGACAGAGAUGACAGCUCACGAACAGUUUGGUCUGCAGAACAUCCUCAAGGUUAGCACCGAUGCCCGUGACGCUUGCGAGUUCUCCAGUCUUUUGGUCGUUCAACCGGCGCAGCUGGUCAAGUUCUCCGAGGACGACUCCGAGAACCCCGUCUUGGAGAACGUGAGCUCGGAAUACUUUGGACAGGAAGAGCUCCUGGAAGGCUACUUCAACUACCCGCUCGUCGUUCAGGGUCUUGUGCACGAGACGUGCGUCGAGCUUGUGAUGGUCUACGACUGUCGCAGCAUCUCCGAACCUCGGGUCAAGGCACUCUCACGCCAGCUCGACCAUGUCGUUCAACAGAUGAAUGCAGAGAAGACCGUCCUGGGCGACAUCACCAUCGCAGGGAGGUGGGAUCUGGAGCAGGCCACCGCCUGGAACAACCACGACGGGGCGGGCCCCAACAUCAUCAAUGCCUGUGUUCAUGACUUUGUCCAGCAGCACGCAGCCAAAACCCCGGAUGCUCUCGCUGUCAGGGCCUGGGAUAUGCAGCUCACUUAUGCCCAGCUCGACAGCGCCGCCAACAGACUGGCACACCACCUUGUUGACCAGUAUAACGUCAAGGAGGACGAGUUCGUCCACGUUUGCUUCGAGAAGACAGCCUGGUUCUUCGUUGCCAUCCUCGCCAUCAACAAAGCUGGCGGUGCUUGGGUCCCGUUAGAGCCAUCGCACCCCGAACAACGUCAGGUGCAGGUCGCCCAACAGACCGGAGCUCGGUUGGCCUUGGCCUCCCCCGCCAAUGUUGAUAUAUGUCGUCGUCUGGUCGACAAGGUGGUCCAAGUCUCUGUUGAGCUCGAUGACGAGUUGAGAAGCACCCUUGGGGAGUGCAGCCUCCAGCCACCACAGCGUGACAUCACACCGAGCAACGCCGCAUAUGUUCUGUUCACGUCGGGAAGUACAGGAGUCCCCAAAGGCCUGGUCAUGGAACAUGAGUCCGUAUGCACCAGCCAAAUAGCCAUCGGAAAGCGCGUCGGCCUGCACAGGGGCGCUCGUAUGCUCCAAUUCGCGUCAUACGUCUUCGAUGCUUGCAUCGGGGAGACCGUUGGCUCGUUCAUCGCCGGCGCCUGUGUGUGCGUGCCGUCUGACGAAAUGCGGAUGGACACUUGCCGCCUCACAGAAUUCAUUCGAGAAACAGAUGUCACUUGGGCGCUGCUCACCCCGGCUUUCAUCCGUACCAUCCAGCCUCACGAGGUCCCCAGCUUGCAAGUGCUCAUGCUAGCUGGCGAGGCCGUGGGCCGAGACAUCCUGGAGACGUGGUUCGGCAAGGUCCAUCGCCUGUUCAACGGCUGGGGCCCUGCCGAGACGUGCGUGUUCAGCACAUUGCAUGAAUGGAGCUCAUCCAGCGAGUCCCCCUUGACCGUCGGUCGACCAGUGGGCGGAUUCUGCUGGAUCGUGGAUCCAAACGACAGCAGCCGUCUCGCACCAACGGGCUGCAUCGGCGAGAUCGUGAUCCAGGGCCCUAGCAUCCUCCGCGAGUACCUCUCCAGCCCCGAACAGACAGCCAAGUUUGUCGUGGAGGCACUUCCCGAAUGGGCUCCGCGAAGCUCUCUGCGCCGAUGGAAUCGUUUUUACAAGUCAGGAGACCUGGGUUACUACAACGCGGAUGGGACUAUCGAGUUUUCCAGCCGAAAGGACACGCAAGUCAAGAUCCGCGGCCUCCGCGUGGAGCUGGGAGAAGUCGAGCAGCACAUCCGGGAACUUCUGCAGCCUGUACAGCACGUCAUCGUCGACGUCUACAGAGCGAACGGCAUGGCCAACCUCGUCGCUUUUUUCACCUUGGACGAGGGACAGCAGCCGCGGUUGUCAGGAGGAGAGAGUCUCUUUAUGCCACUAACACCGGCAUUGGAGCAGCGCAUGACGACUCUCCACGGACAGCUCAGCAUUCGACUCCCUCGUUAUAUGGUCCCCACGCUGCUUAUUCCCUGUCGGUUCAUGCCAGUCAUCACGUCGACCAAGAUUGACCGGAAGAAACUGAUACAGCUGAGUGGCCAACUUGACGAGAAAGCGCUAACUGCCUACUCACUUAGCAACAGUAAGAAGAACCCACCGCAGACUCCCAACGAGGUCUGUCUCCAAGGCAUCUGGGCCCGCAUUCUCAAGGUCAAGCCCGAGUCCAUCGGCCGCGAUGAUAGCUUUUUGCGUAUCGGUGGCGACUCCAUCGCGGCGAUCCGCUUGGCAUCUCUGGCCCGCAGGGCCGGCCUUGAGGUCAAAGUCCAGCAUGUAUUUGACGAUCCUCGACUGAGCGCCGUCAGCGAGCGGGCUGUGCCACUGGGAGAAGACGACGACGGUUCGAGCGCACCAAUCACGCCGUUCAGUCUGCUCGAGCAGCCUCACAGGUCAGCCAUCGAGGCCCAGGCCGUCGCACACCGUCAAGGGCCGAACGGAUAUGCAUCGCUUCGUGUCCAAUGUGGCCUGCCGGACGACAUCGUUAUCAAAGACGCCUAUCCCUGUUCCAAGCUUCAGGAGGGUCUCAUGGCUAUUUCCGAAAAGGAUCCGGGCACUUACAUCGCGAGAUACGUCUACAAGCUUCCGACAUAUGUAGACGUGGCCAAGUUCAAAGCCGCUUGGGAGCACAUACUGUCUAUCUGCGGCAACCUUCGUACCCGCAUUGUCUUCUACGAGAACAGGCAUGUCCAGCUUGUUGUCGAAAACGACACAGAAUGGGAUUCAUUAACUGGCUCCGACCUCGCCAGCGCUGUUCGUAUCUCUCGCACUGCCAAGAUGUCGUACGGCUCGAAACUCUGCCGCUACUCUCUUGCCACGGCCGACGACGGCAGCCAUUACUUCGUAUGGACGUUUCAUCACGCCAUCAACGACGGAUGGACAAUGCGCUUAGUGAUGGACUUGCUCCAUCAGACCUACCGUGACACCGUCUCACUGAGUAGACCCCAGCCAUAUUCGCACUUCAUCCGAUAUGUGAGCAACAUGGAUCGAGACACCGGCUUGAUCAACUACUGGAGAGAACAGCUACACGGCGCCAGUCGUGCCAGCUUUCCGUCCCAGUUGGCUGUCCACCAGGAUCGCUCGGUCCGUUCUUUCAAAAAAGCCGUCGACUUCCCCCCUUCCAACCACUUCUCAUCCGCUACAAAAGCCACCGUCCUUCGUGCAGCCUGGGCAAUUGUCCUUGCACGAUACUGCGAAACUGACGACGUGACCUUCGGGACGACCGUGUCAGGAAGACAAGCAUCUAUCCGCAACGCAGAAGCCAUUGCUGGCCCCCUCGUAGCAACUGUGCCGGUCAGGGUCCGCCUCGACAAAGAGCAGUCGGUGGCCGACUAUCUGCGGUCGAUUCAGCAACAGGCGUCCGACAUGGUCGCCUAUGAGCAGUUUGGUCUGCAAUCCAUCUCGAGGCUAGGUCCCGAGUUUGAGGCCGUGUGCAACUUCUCGAGUCUUUUCGCAGUCCAGCCGGCCGAGCAGCUUGCCGACCCCGGAGACGGUACGGAGCCAAUCGUGGUACCUGCGAAUGCCGAGGUGUUUGGCUACGACGAACUUUUGCAAGGCUACUUCAACUACCCACUUGUUGUCGAGGGUCUUGUGUACGAUGACCGGGCCGAGGUCCUCCUCAUCUAUGACACGGGCUUCCUCGGCGAGGACCAAGCCUGUGCGCUGUCAAACCAGAUCAACCAUGUUGUAGGACAGCUCCUAUCUCAGGGGGACGCCCGUCUCGGUUCCAUCUCGGUGGCCGGACCAUGGGACCUUGAAAAGGCAGUAACCUGGAACGUUGAGACUCCAGAGUUUGUUCGGGACACCCUCCACGGUCUGUUCCGGCGGCAGGUUGAGCGAACUCCAGAGAGAGAAGCCGUCUGGGCAUGGGACGGCAGCCUCUCCUAUGCCACCUUGGACGAGCUCUCGACACGUCUGGGCGUCUAUCUUGUCAACCUCGGCAUCCAGCCUAACACAUGGAUUCCGAUCUGCUUCGAAAAGUCCAUGUGGGCCAUUGUGGCGAUGCUGGGAAUCCUCAAAGCAGGGUGCGCAUUCGUACCCCUCGACGGUGACCAUCCUGCACAGCGCCGAAAGGCAGUGGUUGAAGACCUGAUGCCCGCUGUCAUAGUUACAUCCGCAGCGAUGGCGCAGUCGAACAUGGACCUUGGGUGUCAGGUCGUGAGCAUCUCUCCCGAGCUUAUGGCAACGCUGCCUGUCUCCGGCCAUGUUCUUCAUCCCGCCAACAGCACCUCCCCAGAACUCGCCUACACCAUCUUCACCUCUGGAUCAACGGGAAAGCCCAAGGGCAUUGUUGUAGACCAUCAAAGCAUCUGCACCAGUGUUAUGGCCCAGGGAAGAAUUCUUCGACUCGCCGAGGGAGGCGAUUGCCGCUUCCUGCAGUUCGGCAACUACGUAUUCGACGCGUGUAUCACAGAGAUUUUCACAUGCCUUGCGUUCGGCGGCACCACCUGCGUUCCAUCCGACACUGAACGCCUCCAGGAUAUUACCGGAUUCAUGACGAGAGCCCGGGUUACCGUCGCCCUACUGACACCUUCGUUUGCCGGGACGUUCGGUCCGGCCGACGUUCCGACCUUGAAGACGCUGCUUCUCGGCAGCGAACCGGCAACUAAGAACAUCAUCAAGACAUGGCAUGGCCACGUAAAGCUAAUGAAUCUCUACGGCCCCACGGAGACCUGUGUCUUUUGUACCGCCUAUGAGUAUCCAUCACCAGAUGCUUCACCGGUCAACAUUGGCCGGGGCUUCAGCAACCGUUGCUGGGUUACAGAGCCGGAAGGAAACACUUUGGCACCUAUCGGGUGUGUUGGUGAGCUGGUUGUAGAAGGACACGCUCUUGCUCGAGGCUAUCUCAACGAUGCGACGCGGACACAAGAAGCGUUUCCGGAGACCGGCGACCUGACCUGGCUGUCCGAUGGCGCCCACGGCGCUUCUUCCGUCGGACGCCGCGCCUACAGGACCGGUGAUCUGGUGAGGCAAGAAGCCGACGGAUCACUGCUAUAUAUCGGCCGCAAAGACAUCCAGGUAAAGCUGCGAGGUCAGCGCAUGGAGCUUGGCGAAAUUGAGAACCAUGUAAAGGAUCUCUGCCCCGACGUGUGUCAAGUUGCGGCCGACGUUGUUCAACAGGAAUCCGGAGAUGUCCUGGUGGCGUUUGUGUCUUUCGAAGACAACAUGCCAACAGAGUCAUUGUCAGAGGAUAUCGAGCACGAGAUCGUCCCCAUGACAGACGAUUUGAAGCAACAGCUCGCCACGCUAUCGGAGGACUUACAUGGCAGACUGCCAAGCUACAUGGUCCCAGCGUUAUUCAUCCCCUUGCGACAGCUUCCCGUGUUCUUGGCCUCGAUGAAGAUUGACCGCAAGAAGCUUACUGCCCUAGGCCGCAGCAUCUCCUCGCGUCUGGUUGUAACCUUGGCCCCCGGAAACCGAAUCAAGACUGAACCCCAGACGGAAAUGGAGUUCCAAAUCCGUGACGUUUGGGCCCGGCUACUGGGAGUCGAUGCUGGCGAUAUCGGCCGCAACGAUAGUUUCCUUCGUAUCGGAGGCGACUCACUCAGCGCCAUCAGACUUGUCUCUGUCCUGCGACAGUCCGGUAUAGCGCUGACAGUUGCGGCCAUCUUCCGAGAUUCGAGACUGUCAUACAUGGCCUCGAUCGCCACCGUGGAAGAGGAGACCGAAGAAGACGCACGCCCGCGGCCCUUCAGCCUGAUCUCUGCCGGAGACCGUACAUGUCUCAUCUCAGAAGCCUUGAAGGCCUGCGAACUGCCAGAGAAUACCGUCAUCGAGGACAUCUACCCAUGCACCCAGCUACAAGAGGGCCUAAUGGCUCUGUCUGUCAAGCAGACAGGCUCGUACAGGGCCAAGUUCACAUACCAGCUAUCAGAGUUCGUUGACAAGGCUCGCUUUAUGCGAGCCUGGGACGCCACUCUGGCUUGUUGCGACAACCUCCGCACACGCAUUGUAUUUGCAGCCGGCUCUUCGUAUCAGGUCGUGCUCAAACAAGAUAUCAGUUGGGAAUCGGCAGAGACGAGCGACAGCAUUGCGCACGAUGAAAUGACCUAUGGCUCCAGACUCUGUCGCUAUGCGCUCGUGAGCAGCAGCGGCGGCUCUACGCGCUUUGUCCUGGCCCUCCACCAUGCAAUCUAUGACGGCUGGGCCAUGGAACUGAUGAUGGAGACGUUGAAGAGCCAUUAUUACGGAAGUUCCUCACAGGAUCUGCCAGCCUACUCUCGCUUUGUCCGUCUCACGACCACCGGACUCGAUCACGCAGCGAGUCGGAGGUUCUGGGAAGAAGAGCUGCGCGAAGCGAAGAGGGCAACUUUCCCUCCGCCGGCCGUCUCGUCCACGCGGGAGCAUGAGGUCCUGUCCAAGCCGCAUACGGAGUCUUUCCGUAGGAUCAUGAGCUUCCCGCGCUCGACAGCAUCCAAAAUCACAAAGGCAACUAUCCUUCGCGCGGCCUGGGCGAUGCUGCUGGCCCGCUACUGCGACUCUGACGAUGUCUGCUUCGCCGCAACAGUCUCGGGACGCCAAGCAGCCGUUGAAGGCAUCGACAGGAUAGUUGGACCUACACUCGCCACCGUGCCUGUUUAUGCCCGGGUCGCCGGCGACAGGUCAGUCGAGCAGUACUUGAACGACGUGCAGGACCGGGCAACGGCGACAAUACCACAUGAGCAGUUCGGCCUGCAGAACAUCUCAAGGAUCAGCGGCGACAUGAAAGAUUUGUGCGAUUUCACCAGUCUACUCGUCGUCCAGCCGGGCUGGAGCAUGGCGUUUGCCGAUAACGAAGGCGACGCUAAUAUCUUACACGAGGCCAGCGACCAGGAGGACGUCGCAGCAUCCCAGACCGUCGACGGGCACUUUAACUACCCUCUGGUGAUGCAGGGGCGGAUUUACGACGAAGAGAUCCAUUUACUGGCCGUUUACGACUGGUCCGUUCUCGCCAAGUCGCAGAUCGAAUUGCUUUGCGAACAGCUCAACCACGUGGCACAGCAACUUGUCAAACAUCAGGAUCACAAUACUGCGCUCCGCGAUAUCACCAUCGCCGGACCCGCCGACUUGCAAAAGGUGCUUGCAUGGGACAACGAGGAGACGGAGGUCUAUGAUGCGUGCCUGCACCAGCUCUUUGAGAAACAGGCUCACUUGGCGCCCGAUGCGCCAGCCGUCCGUUCCUGGGACGGGAGCUUUACUUACGGCGAGCUCAACGGCGCGGCAAACAGGCUGGCUCACUACCUUGCCGCAUUUGGGGUACAGCUAGACGAGCUCGUUCACGUCUACUUUGAGAAAUCGGCAUGGUACGUCGUCGCCAUUCUCGCCGUCAACAAGGCCGGCGGAACGUGGGUGCCCCUCGACCCCUCGCACCCCGACGAGCGGCAGCGUCAGAUUGUCUCGCAGACUGGCGCCCGGCUGAUCUUGACAUCGCCGCGCCAUUCGGCAACCUGCCAGAGACUGGCAGAGAGCGUCAUUGAGAUCUCGCCGGCUCUUGACGAGAAUCUCAUCAGAUACGCGCCUUCUUCCAACACCACCCUCUCUGGCCCCAAGAGUCUUGUCCGCCCCAGUAACGCCGCCUACGUGCUAUUCACGUCGGGAAGCACUGGCGUGCCAAAAGGUCUCGUCAUUGAACACGGUUCGGUGUGUACAAGCCAAGCUGCCAUCGGAAGAAGGCUGCGUAUCACUCCAGAUGUGCGUAUGCUUCAGUUUGCCUCGUACGUCUUCGACCUGUCCAUCGGUGAGAUCUUUUGUCCGUUGUUACACGGCGCGUCCGUUUGUAUUCCCUCCGAGGAUUCGAAGAUGGGUGAUCUCUCUGCAUUUGUUCGGGAAAUGGACGUCAACUGGGCCAUCUUGACACCCUCCUACAUUCGGACCACACAUCCCGAUCGAUUCCCCGGCCUGGAGCUGCUUGUCUUGGCCGGCGAAGCCGUGGGACGCGAUAAUCUGGACACCUGGUUCGGAAAGGUGCGUCUCGUCAACGGCUGGGGGCCGGCCGAGACCUGCGUCUUCAGCGCAGUUCACGAAUACAGUUCGCUCGAUGACUCGCCGCUGACCGUGGGACGCCCGGUUGGGGGUUACGGAUACAUCGUCGACCCCGUCAACGCCCACCAGCUCGCCCCGGUUGGUUGUCUUGGGGAGCUUGUCAUCCAGGGUCCGACCAUAAUGCGCGAGUACUUGUCGGAUGCUGAGCGAACUGCCGCAGCCACCGUCCCGGCGGCGGACUGGUCGCCUCACAGCACCUCGCCAAAAUGGUCGCGGUUCUACAGGUCGGGCGAUCUUUGUCGAUACAACGCCGAAGGGUCCAUCGAGUUCGUCGCCAGGAAAGAUACGCAGGUCAAGGUGCGAGGUCUGCGUGUUGAACUGGGCGAGGUCGAGCAUAGCAUCAGGACUUACUUGGAAGGGGUCGAACAAGUCGCCGUCGACGUGCUGCAAACUCAUGGCGCCGUCCACCUCGUGGCUUUCUUCACCGUCGUCGGCGAGGUGGAGAAGACAGAAUCCCUCACCACUGACCAGAGCAUGUUCUUGUCGCUCUCGGUGGACCUGGAACGCCGCGUCAACGACCUCAUCGGCGUGUUGGGCGUCAAACUCCCCCGAUACAUGAUUCCCACCCUGUUCAUCCCGUGCCGCUACAUGCCUUUCAUCACCUCGACGAAACUUGACCGCAACCUCCUCCGACGCUUUGCCCUCCAGCUCGACCAUGACCGGAUCUCCCGAUACGGUCUGGCUAACACGGAAAAGCGUGCCCCGGAAACACUCACAGAGGUGAAGCUGCAGAAGAUAUGGGCCGAGGUCCUUGCACUACCCCUGGAGACCAUCGGCCGGGACGAUAGCUUCCUCCGGAUCGGGGGUGAUUCCAUCAGAGCGAUUCGACUGGUAAACCUCGCGCGAGAGUCCGGUCUUGGAUUGACCGUCAGAGACGUCUUUGCCGACCCACGCCUGUGCGGAAUCAGUGCAACGGCCGUGGAAAUCGACAUACAUGCCCUCGAGCAGAACGCUGGCACACGGCAUGGGAAGAAUGACGUUGUUCCCUUCCAGUUCCUGAGGGAGGAUCUCCGAGACAUGGUACAAUGCCGGUCCCCCAACGAUCGCCUACGCGACUUGUGCGGGCUCUCAGAGUCGGAUGUCGUCGAGGAUGCGUAUCCCUGCACCAAGCUUCAAGAAGGCCUCCUGGCCGUCGGCGAGCAUCAGACCGGCUCCUACGUCCUCAAGGCCGUCUACCGCCUCCCAGAACUCAUAGAUCUAGACAAGUUCAAGCCCGCCUGGGAACACGUCGUGUCAGUCUGCGCAAACCUGCGUACAAGGGUCGCCAUUGUCGAAGGAGAGGCAAUUCAACUCGUCGUCAAAGACGACAUCGUCUGGGAGGCAGAUGUGAACAGCGGUGCCGAUCUACAGUCUAUACUCUCGGACAUGAGAAAGUCCCGCAUGACCUAUGGAACGCGCCUGUGCCGUUACGCCGUCGCCGUCGCCGAGGGCGUCCAUUACUUCGUGCUGUUCCAGCACCACUCCAUCAGCGAUGGCUGGACGAUGCGGAUCAUGAUGGAAGCCCUCCAGAACGCGUACUACAACGUCGAAAUACCGCCUCUGCAAUCGUUCGCCGAGUUUGUCGACUACGCGAACAAUCUCGACCUGGAAGUCGAGGCUCGAUACUGGAACGAUCAACUGCAGCACGCCAAGCGGGCCGCUUUCCCGUCUCCUGUGGCGCCGUCGACGACUCCAACGCCCAGAAGCCGGAACGUCACCAAGUCGAUGAGGUCCGCGAUCGACUUUUCCACGUCGAAAUCAGCAUCCGUCACCAAGGCCACUGUUGUCCGUGCUGCGUGGGCUAUCGUCCUGGCUCGGUAUAGUGACACCGACGAUAUAACCUUCGGAUCGACGGUCUCCGGGCGCCAAGCACCCAUGCCGGGGCUGGAGAGGAUGGUGGGAGCUGCCGUGGCGACCGUCCCUGUCAGGCUCAAGAUUGACAAGUCCAAGUCCAUCUCCCAGUUCCUACACGGGGUUCAGGAUCAAGCUAUGGACAUGAUUGCGCACGAGCAGUUCGGUCUCCGCCAGAUCUCCGAGACAGCCCCCGAAGCAAAAGACGCCUGCAACUUUUCCAGCUUGAUCGUUGUUCAGCCGAUGGAGGAGCUUGACCCAGCCGCUGGACUGAAGAAUUCUGUCCUGGCCCCGGUGGACCUCGCCCAUCUGACUGGAGAGUCGGAUGCUGCAUUCCAGGACUAUUUCAACUACCCCCUCGUGGUACAGGGGCAGAUCUCCGACGACCGCGUUGAGCUGGUUCUCGUAUAUGACUCCGGGCAUCUUGAGUUUGCUCAAAUGGAAGCCCUCUCGUCUCAUUUCAACAAUGUGGUCCAGCAGCUGCUCACAGAAGACGAGAAGCCGGGUUCGCUCGGCAAAGUUUCCGUGUCUGGCCCAUGGGACUCUCAGAAGGUCAUGUCCUGGAACGGAUAUGCUACCAUGCUUGUUGAUACCACCAUCCACAAACUUGUUUCAACAAAGGCGGCCGCGCACCCAGAGAAAGAGGCCAUCAACAGUUGGGAUGGCAAAGCCACAUACAACCAACUCGAGUACAUGUCGACGGCCUUUGCCAAGUACCUCAUCCGCAACGGCCUGAAGCCCGGAGGCAUGGUCCCAGUUUGUUUCGAGAAGUCUAUAUGGACAGCUGUUGCGAUGCUGGGUGUCCUGAAAGCGAGGGGUACAUUUGUCCCCAUUGAUCCAUCUCAUCCUGAAGCUCGGUAUCGAGAGGUGAUUGAACAAACGGACGCGCAGCUCCUUGUCGCGUCGGUUUCUGCAGCACAGGCAUUUAGCCACUUACCGCUACGUGUUGUCACCCUAUCGGAGCAGGACAUGGGAAGAAUCAGCGCACAGGAGGCGAAGAGUAAGGACGAGAUCAUCCUCCGCGAUGCUCGUGGCAGCGAUGCUGCCUACGUCCUGUUCACUUCCGGCUCAACAGGCAAGCCCAAAGGAAUCGUCGUCCAGCACCAUGCAAUAUGCUCGAGUCUUACGGGUCAAGGCAAGAUCCUUGGCCUAUCCGAGUCUAGCCGGGUCCUCCAGUUCAGCAACCACGUGUUCGACGCCGUGAUAACCGAGAUAUUUGGGACUCUGAUCUUCGGCGGGACCGUCUGCACGCCGUCGGACGCAGCGCGUUUGCAGGAUAUUCCGGCGUACAUGAGAGAGGCAGACGUCAGCCUGGCCCUGCUGACGCCGUCGUUUGUAGAAACAUUCACGCCGGCGAGCGUUCCACAUCUCGAAACCCUCGUCCUGGUGGGCGAGGCUCCAGCACCGGACUCGAUCAGUGCCUGGUAUCCUCACCUACGACUUCUGAACGGGUACGGUCCAACCGAGACAUGCGUCAUAUGCAUGUUUCACGAGUAUCCGUCGCCCGACGCGUCCCCGCGGACAAUCGGCCGGGGAUUCAAUAACCUAUGCUGGAUCGUCGAGCCCGACGACCACAGCUGCCUCGCUCCCGUGGGGUGCACUGGCGAGCUUGUGGUUCAAGGUUACGCCUUGGCCCAAUGUUACUUGAACGACGAAGCUCGAACAAACGAGUCCUUUGUCACCAACAAGGCGGAUGAUCCAAGGCUAUACAGCACUGGGGAUCUUGCACGGUACAACUCCGAUGGCACCAUUGAAUAUGUCGGGAGGCGCGACAGUCAGGUGAAGCUCCACGGCCAGCGUAUCGAGCUGGGCGAGAUCGAGCACAGGAUCAGAGAGUCGAGCCACCGGGUGGAACAUGUCGCCGUAGAUGUUGUUACACGCGACUCUGCGACGCUUCUCCUCGCAUUCGUGUCAUUUGCCGACUUUCGCGGCAUCGGGGCUACCGAUUUGAGCGGCUCUUCCGGCACCUCAAGCCACGGCAGCCGUCUUUUGCCCAUGGACCCGUCACUACAGUCCCGUGUGGCAGCUCUUCAGGAACACCUCCGAGCCAAGCUGCCACCGUACAUGGUUCCCAACGUCCUCUUGGUCUUGAGCGAGAUGCCGUUCAACUCCUCCAUGAAGCUGGACCGCAAAGGUCUUCGCGCGCUGGCUGCUGGACUGGAUACCGACAAACUCAAAACAUACACCCUCGCCCGCCGGGAUAUGGUAGAGCCAAAGACUGCUAUGGAGUUCCGGAUGAGGGAGCUCUGGGCCCAAGUCCUGGGAAUAUCUGCCGAAGAGAUCAGCAGGACCGACAGCUUCCUUGCCAUCGGCGGGGAUUCGAUUUCUGCAAUCAAGCUGGUGACCGUCGCCCGCGAGACCAGCAACAUGGACAUCACUGUCACAUCCAUCUUCAAGAACUCGCGUCUCGACAGCAUGGCUGCUGCCGCUGGUGUCAUCAAAGGCAGCCUGGAGGCCAUGGCAGAGACCCAGCCGUUCUCUCUUCUACCAGCACCUGAAAUAGCCAGCCUCGUCUCCAAGGCCGAGGAGCAAUGUGGGUUGACCGAACCGGGCCUCGUCGAGGAUAUUUACCCCUGCACAAGCCUACAGGAGGGUUUGAUUUCACUGUCUGUCAAGCAGCCUGGGUCGUACAUCAGCCAGUUUGUUUACCGGAUCUCAGACACUGUCGAUAUGGCCCGUCUCAUUGAUUCAUGGGAACAUACCCUCUCAAUCUGCAAGAUCUUGCGGACGAGGAUUGCGCUCCUCAAUGAAACAGCCGUGCAGGUCGUCGUCGCAGAGGAAGCCCACUGGGAGACCGUCAGUCACGACCACGGCCCAUCAACACUCCAGGAGACCCUUUCUGUCAUGGCCCAGACGGAUAUGGGAUAUGGCUCAAAGCUGUGCCGGUACGCACUAGCCAAGGGGGACAAUGGGAUGAACUAUCUCGUCUGGAAGCUUCAUCAUGCUGUCUUCGACGGCUGGACCAUACGACUGAUUGUCGAAACAUUACACAGGGCAUACUAUAGCAGUUCUGGUGCUGACCUGGCCGCUUCGCCUGCAUAUGCCAAGUUUAUUCGUUAUACCAUGUCUCUCGAUACGAAGGCUUGCAGCGAGUAUUGGAGAGACCAGCUGCAGGAGGCUACGCCUGCAACCUUUCCCCCGCCCAACAAGGGGAGACCUGGAAACGCGAGCCGGACGUACCAUCACCGUCUUGCCAUGCCGAACUCGACCGGAACAAGCAUCACCAAGCCAACGAUCCUUCGAGCCGCGUGGGCUAUAGUGCUAGCUCGCUACUGCUCUUCAGACGAUGUCUGCUUCGGUGCCACCAUCUCCGGCCGCAACGCCCCUGUCCACGGGGUCGACAGCAUGGCCGGUCCUGCCAUUGCGACCAUUCCUCUGAGGGUGCAGGUCGAUAAGCAGACAGGCACGAUAACCUCGCUCCUCAACGACAUCCAGUACAAGGCCAUGGAAAUGGUCCCGUUCGAACAGUUCGGCCUCCAGAACAUAGCCAAGGUCAGCCGAGAGGCUCAAGAGGUGUGCGACUUCACCAGUCUUUUGGUCGUCCAGCCGGUCGCCGACCUCUUGUACGCCGACAACCCAACGAAGCCCGUCAUCGAGCAUGUCGACGCCGACGAGCUGACCGGCCAUACCAUGGAUGGCUUCUUCAACUACCCGCUUGUUGUCCAGGGUCUGGUCCAUCGCGAUAGGGUUGAACUGGCGCUUGUCUAUAACCCGGACGUGUUGUCCAGCGCGCAGAUCGACUCCCUUGCACACCAAUAUGACCACGUCGUGCAGCAACUGCUUCGGCAGGACGAGACGCCCCUUGCUGACGUUGCCGUCACCAGCGCUUUGGAUAUAGAAAAGGCCGUGGAGUGGAACAGCCGCGAGGUACCGGACAUUGUUUCGACUUGCGUCCACACACUCUUCGAAGAGCGGGCGCGUCAGCAACCAGCCGCGCCAGCGGUCUACGCGUGGGACGCGCAGCUAAACUACCACGAGCUGAAUGUCACCGCCAACAAGCUCGCCCAUCAUCUCGUCAACGAACACGGGGUAGAACGUGACGAUAUAGUCCACGUGUGCUUCGAGAAGUCCGCGUGGUUCAUUGUUGCCAUUUUAGCCAUCAACAAGGCGGGCGCCGCGUGGUCAGCACUUGAUCCAGCACAUCCGCCAGAUCGUCAUCGUCAAAUCACCCAGCAGACGAGCUCGAAGCUCACGCUCACAUCGCCAACCACCUAUGAGCAGUGCGUAGGACUCACGGCUCGCGUCGUUGUAGUCUCUGGGGAGCUCGACUACGAGCUCGACUACGCACUGGAUGCGUCUCUUGGCCUCCAUGCCCCAGAAGCCUCGGGUUCACCUGACAACGCGGCCUAUGUCCUGUUUACUUCUGGCAGCACCGGAGUUCCCAAGGGCUUUGUGAUGGAGCACGAAUCUGUUUGCACCAGCCAGACCGCCAUCAUCAAGAGGCUGGGCAUGGGAUCAGAUGCCCGCAUGCUGCAAUUUGCAUCCUACGUCUUUGAUGCCGUGAUCCUCGAGGCAAUCGGCACCCUGAUUGCGGGAGCCUGUAUCUGCAUUCCAUCGGACGACAUGCGGAUGAACAAUCUGACCGAGUUUGUGCGGGAUGCUCAAGCUACCUGGUCACUCCUGACGCCUUCGUAUCUACGCACGCUGACGCCGGACGACAUACCAAGCCUCAAGGUGUUGAUAGCCACAGGAGAGGCCGUGGGCAAGGACAUCGUUGACGCAUGGCAUGGCCGGGUGCGUCUCUUCAACGGCUGGGGACCUGCCGAGACAUGCGUGUUCAGCACUCUCCACGAAUACAGCCCUGCCGACACUUCCCUCACCAUCGGUCGCCCGGUUGGCGGUUGCUGUUGGAUCGUCGACCCCGACGACCCGCAACGUCUCGCGCCCACAGGCUGCGUUGGUGAGAUAGUCAUACAAGGACCGACUCUCUUGCGCGAAUACCUAGGGAAUCAACAGCUCACUGAACAGAGCAUGGUCCGGUCGCUGCCCAGCUGGUCGCCCCGGCGUGAUGAAGCACACUUCAACCGGUUUUACAAGUCAGGCGACCUUGCCCUCUACAGCAAGGCCGACGGCACCAUCGAGUUCGCAGGUCGGAAGGAUACCCAAGUCAAGAUCCGCGGCCUGCGCGUGGAGCUGAGCGAAGUCGAACAUCACGUGCGUGAAGCGCUCGAGGAGGCCUGCCAAGUCGCCGUGGAUGUCUUCAAGACGGAAGCCGGGACACAUCUGGUAGCCUACUUCUGCUUCACCAACGACACGCAGCCUGAUGGCGCCCUUACCGGCCCCGAUGGUCCCUUCAUGUCCAUGACAAGCAGCCUCAAGCGAACUGUUGCAACCAUGGCCGGGCAGCUCGCCGUUCGCUUGCCCCAGUACAUGGUCCCCACGCUCUUCAUCCCCUGUCGGUACAUGCCCGUCAUCACCUCCACCAAGUUGGACAGGAAGAGGCUCCGGAGUGCAACAGCCGCCCUCGGCCGACAAGAGACUGCCUUGUACUCGCUCGCGGACGGAAAGCAUCGCCAGCCCGAGACUGGAGCCGAAGUUCGCAUGCAAAAGCUUUGGUCUGAUCUGUUGGGUCUGCCGCUGGAGAUGAUCGGCCGCGAUGAUAGCUUCCUACGCAUCGGGGGCGACUCCAUCUCGGCCAUCCGUCUAGUUUCUGCCGGUCGCCGGGCAGGUUUCUCCUUUUCGGUCAAGGAUAUCUUUGAUGACCCGAGACUCUUGAGUCUGAGUCUCAUGGUGAAAGCCGCAGAAGACGGCCGCGGCGAGCACGACGACCGGAUCACCACGGGCUACCUCCCGUUCGGUUUACUACCACAGCCCCUGCAGGAUAUCGUCAAGCUUGAAUCCCAUUCGCGCUGCAGCAGCAACUCUGUCGAUGGCCAGAUUCCGCCCCCGUCCAAGUCAACGGUUUCGAGCCCCUCUUUACACGAGAUCUGCCACUUGCCGGAAGAUGCGGUCAUUGAGGAUGCAUACCCCUGCAGCACACUACAAGAAGGCUUGAUGGCGAUCGCCACCAGGCAAGCCGGCUCCUACGUGGCGAAGCAUGUCUACAGAUUGGGAGAUGUCGACAUCGGCCGCUUCAAGACCGCAUGGGAGACCACAGCUGUCUCGUGUGCGAACCUGCGCACGAGGAUUGCGCUUUUCCAGGGCGAGUCCAUCCAAGUCGUCGUCAAGGAUGACAUCGCUUGGGAUACAGACGAUGAUGAGCCCGAAAGCGACAAUGGCGCCAUGGGCUACGGCUCGAGGUUGUGUCGCUACAGAAUCACCCAAGAGGCCGAUGGCGCCAAGUACUUUGUUUGGAAGAUCCACCACGCCAUCAACGACGGCUGGACGGGCCGUAUUAUCAUGGAAACACUCGACAAAGCCUAUCGACACCCGGAAGCGAACGUUCGGGCACCGGCCCCGUAUUCUGACUUCGUCCGAUACAUUCUCGGGUUGAACCAGGAGCAAAGUGCUGCAUACUGGACCGAUCAAAUGCGCGAUGCCAAGCGGACACUGUUCCCGGCAGCAUCACGGUCCUCGGCGCUGGCGACUACCGAUGGCACCGAGGAUAGAAAAACGCGCAUUCUGAAGACCAGCAUCGCCUUCCCGGGGUCUACCGAUACCCGUGUGACUGCGGCUACCGUCCUUCGUGCGGCCUGGGCUCUCGUUCUUUUCCGACACACCGAAUCAGAGGAUGUCUGCUUCGGAACUACCGUGUCCGGUCGGCACGCUCCGAUGGAGGGCAUCGAGGAUGUAGUAGGACCUGUCGUUGCUACAGUUCCUGUCCGAGUCCAGAUCGACCGACAGCAAUCCGUCUCCAGCUUCUUGGACCAGAUACAAAGCCAGGCGACCAGCAUGGUUAUGCAUGAGCACUUCGGCCUGCAGAAUAUCGCCAAGAUGAGUCCCGAUGCUAGAGACGCCUGUGAUCUGUCCAGCCUGUUCAUCGUCCAGCCCGCACAGCAACUUGAAUUUGCGGGCAUGGACUCCUCGUCACCGAUCAUGGUGGCUGCGACGGGAGCCGAGGACAUGUCCAACACCUUUGAGGGCUCAAGCUAUGUCAACUACCCCUUCGUUCUACAGGCACACACCUACACCGGCCGCGUCGACCUCGUAGCCUUUUACGAUGCGUCUGUCAUUCAAGAGUCCCAGGUCCAGAUGAUUGCGCACCAUUACGAGGCCGCGGUACAGAGUCUCCUGGCGCAAGACGACAACGACGCGUUGCUCGACAGCCUCAGUCUUACGGGCGUUCAGGACAUCUCACAAAUCAUGCUCUGGAACAGCAACUCUCCUCGCCUCGAGAACACGUGCCUGCACGAUCUGUUGGAAAGGACAUGCGCCGAGAACCCCGAUAAAGAGGCGAUUUGCUCUUGGGACGGAACUCUUACCUACGCAGAACUGGGUCGUCUGUCGACGGAGCUCGGUAGACACCUCGCAGGGCUUGGCGUUGGGCCCGAAACAGUUGUGCCGUUUUGCUUCGAGAAGUCUCUUUGGGCAAUCGUGGCCAUUAUGGGCAUCGUGAAGAGCGGCGGUGCGUUCGUGCCCCUCGACCCUUCACACCCCUCAUCACGACACGAGGCGAUCAUGCGUCAAGUUGAUGCCAAAAUCGUCCUCACUUCUCCCAGCUUAGCGGCGUUGUUCCGGGACAGGGUCGCCACGGUCUUGUCUCUCUCGGACGAUUUCUUUCCCGAACCCAGUCUUCUCGGCCAGCCAGCCUGUUCUGAGGCCGAGAGCAACAUCGUCAACCCCGCCAGUCCCCAUAACGCCGCGUAUGUCAUCUUCACGUCUGGGUCAACAGGGACGCCCAAGGGCAUUGUGGUUGAGCAUGCUGCCCUUUGCACUAGCUUCCUCGGCCUCAAAAACGAGUUUGGGGACAGCCUCGGCUCUCGCGUGCUGCAGUUCUCCAGCCACGUCUUUGACGCCUCGAUCAUCGAGAUUCUGGGAACUCAUGUUUUCGGGGGGACGGUCUGCGUGCCUUCGGAGGCGCAGAGACUUCAGGACAUUGCCGGUUUUCUCGCCGAGGCCCAAGUCAACACGGCCAUAGUCACCCCGUCGUUCGCGAGCACUAUUCAUCCCGACACGGCGCCAUCAGUCCGAACUUUGGUACUCGUUGGAGAAGCGCCCGACGAGGACGUCGUACGAACCUGGACGCAACCAGGAGUGCGUCUUCACAACGGAUACGGGCUAUCGGAGACCUGCAUUGUGUGUAUGACUUACGACUUCGGGACCAGUAACACCAACGCGAGUCUCGCUGCCACCACCAUCGGCCGCCCGUUCAACGCCCGCUGCUGGAUUGUCGAGCCUGAUAACCAUGAUGUCCUGACACCUCUGGGAUGCAUCGGCGAGCUUGUCGUCGAGAGUUAUGCCCUCGCCCGUGGCUAUCUCGGAGACGAGCAGCGAACAAACAAGAUGUUCCUCGAGCACACUGCCUGGUCGUCGACAGCAACAGGGGCCAACGGACCGAGAUUGUACCGCACGGGAGACUUGGUGCGUUACAACGUAGACGGCACCAUGGCAUACGUCGGCCGUGCCGACACGCAAGUGAAGCUCCGCGGCCAGCGCAUUGAGCUGGCGGAAAUCGAACACCACAUCAGGAGCUCCUGCGUGGAGAUCAGCCACACAGUCGUUGAUGUGGUCCAUGGCGACUGCGGCGAAACUCUCGUAGCCUUCCUUUCCUUUGACGACAUUGACGGCUCCGCCGGUCCCGAAGAUGCCGAUAUCGCGCUACUAGCCGUGGAAGGGCUUGUUCAAGCUCGCCUGGCCAAGAUUCUGGCCGACCUCCAGGCCGGCCUGCCGAGAUACAUGGUUCCGGGGCUUUUCCUCCCCCUUAACAGAAUGCCUUUCGGCCAGUCGAUGAAGCUGGACAAGAAGCAACUGCAAGCCAUUGCGGCAGAACUCUCACAGGAGAAGCGUGCCGUUCUCGCGAGCUUGAUCAGCCACCGCGAAAGAGUGGCCCCUUCGACAGAGAUGGAGUUCAAGCUACGCGACCUCUGGGCGCGGGUGCUCAACAUCAAUCCCGAAGACAUCAGCCGCUACGACAGCUUCCUACGCAUAGGCGGGGACUCGAUCACAGCCAUCAAGCUGACUACUCAGGCACGCCUCCUCGGGAUCGGCAUCACAGUGGCAUCCGUGUUCAAGGAGUCCCAGCUUGACAUCAUGGCGGCCAACGCUACGAUCUUGGGAGACGAGGUUGCUUCAGACGCCGAGCCGUUCAACUUGCUCCCCGCUUCCGAGGUUGACCUUGCUCUCUCCCAUGCUGCCGAGCAAUGCGGUCUUUCGGUCGAGGCCAUUGAGGAUCUUUAUCCCUGCACGAAGCUUCAGGAAGGACUUAUGGCAUUGGCCGUCAAACGGGCCAGAACGUACAUCGCCCGUUUCUUCUUCCGGCUUGCGGACGAUGCCGACGUCGCCCGUUUCAAAGCCGCGUGGGAGCGCACCGUCUCGCUCUGCGGUGUUUUGAGAACCAGAAUCGUCUUCUACAAGGGAUCUUUCUACCAAGUUCUGGUCAAGAAUGACGUUGACUGGACCACGCUGGGCUCCCACGAUCUCGACUCUUCGGCAAUUGCCAAGAGUGCUCGGGAAGUCGAGAUGACGAGUGGCUCGAGGCUAUGCCACUAUUCCUUGGCCAAGAGCCACGACGGAUCUACCCACUUCACAUGGGUCAUUCACCAUGCCGUCUACGACGGUUGGUCGAUCCGACUCAUCACGGAGGCUCUGCAUCGUGCGUACUACGGCACCGAGACGAUCGAGUCGGCUCCUCGACCGUAUUCAGACUUUAUCCGAUACGUCAACGGCCUCGAUCGUGAAGCCGGUGCCGAAUACUGGACAACUCAGUUGCAGGACGCCAAGCGUGCCAGCUUCCCUUCGCCGAGCCCAUCUUCAGCUCCCGCAUCAGGGAGCGAUGCUAGCCGCUCUCUCCAUCAGACAGUACAACUGCCUCCUACUACGGGGAUGCAUUCUUCCAUCACAAAGGCCACGGUUCUCCGUGCGGCGUGGGCGCUACUCCUAUCAAGCUACUCCGACAGCGACGAUGUCUGCUUCGGCACGACCAUUUCCGGUAGACAAGCCCCGGUUGCGGGCAUCGAAUCCAUCUCCGGGCCCAUCAUCGCCACGGUUCCCUUGAGGGUGCGCCUCGACGGACGCCAACAGAGGACCGUAUCGGACUACCUUGUCGAUGUCCAGAACCAGGGCAUCGAUAUGGUGCCGCACGAGCAGUUUGGGCUACAGGCCAUCGCCAAGCUCAGCCGCGAUGCCAAGGAGGCAUGCGAUUUCAGCAGUCUGCUCGUCAUCCAGCCCAUCUCUCACCUCGCAUACUCGGACAGCUCCUCCGGUGCGCUUCUGGAGUCGUCGCGGUCCAGGGAAGAAGCUACGAAAGAGCUCCAGGGAUACUUCAACUACCCUCUUGUGGCCCAGGGCCACGUUCACGACGACCACGCCGAACUCGUGCUCAUCUACGACUCUCGUGUCUUGUGCGAAGACCAAGUCGCCACCCUUUCGCGCCAGUUUGCCCAUCUCGUGCAGCAACUGGGCGACGCGCACAAGGACAGGCCUCUCGCGGAUAUCGACAUGGCAGGCCCAUGGGACCUGCAGCAGGCACUAGAACGGAACAACAAGGAGCCCGAGGUCGUCGAAGACUGCGUACACCACUUUAUCGAACGCCAUGCUCGUAACGCACCCGGGUCGCUCGCCGUCAGCGCGUGGGACGGCGAGCUCACCUAUAGCCAGCUCGACGCCGCCAGCGACAGGCUGGCAGCCCAUCUCGUGAGCGGUCUCGGCGUUGCCAACGACGACAUGGUGCAUGUCUGCUUCGAAAAGUCGGUCUGGUUUUUUGUAUCCAUCGUCGCACUGAACAAGGCCGGAUGUGCUUGGGUUCCUCUCGACCCGUCGCACCCACUCGAACGCCAACGCGACGUGGCCCGUCAAACGGCGGCAAAGCUCGCGCUGAGCUCGCCCUCAAAUGCAUCCAUGUGCGCCGAGUUGGUGCCGCACGUACUCGAAGUAUCCUCGGCGCUUGACGACAUGCUCCGUCGGUCUGACCCGGGGCUGUCCUGCUUAUCGGGCCGCGGUGUCACGCCGAGAAAUGCCUCUUACGUCCUGUUCACCUCGGGCAGUACGGGAACGCCCAAAGGCCUCGUCAUGGAGCAUCGGUCUGUUUGCACGGCCCUGGUGGCUAUUGGUAAACGGGUCGGGAUUCAUCCCGGUGCCCGGAUGCUUCAGUUCGCGUCCUACGUUUUCGACGCGUGUAUCGGCGAGGCCCUCGGUGCCUUCGUAGCCGGGGCAUCCAUCCACGUUCCCUCCGAGGAGAUGCGGAUGAAUUCCCUGCGAGAGUUCAUCAGAGACCAGCAAGUCACUUGGGCGCUUCUGACGCCCGCCUUCAUCCGGACGCUGUCGCCUGAUGACGUGCCCUCGCUCAAGACGCUGAUGUUGGCCGGUGAGGCCGUCGGCCGAGACAUUCUGAAGCAAUGGUUCGGAAAGGUUCGUCUCUUCAACGGCUGGGGACCUGCCGAAACGUGUGUUUUCAGCACACUUCACGAAUGGGAAUCGGCAACGGACUCACCCUUAACGAUCGGCAAACCCGUCGGUGGUCGCGUUUGGCUUGUUGACCCGGCGAAUCCUCAACGGCUGGCCCCCGUUGGAUGUGUUGGAGAAGCCGUGGUCCAAGGCCCGACGAUUCUGAGGGAAUAUCUCUCCAACCCCGAAAAGACAAUGGAUUCGACCGUCACAUCCCUGCCUCGGUGGGCGCCGCGCCGGGACCAACCGGGAUGGGACCGGUUCUUCAAGACCGGAGACCUGGCGUGCUACAAUCCUGACGGCACCAUCGAGUUCGUCAGCCGCAAAGACACGCAAGUCAAGAUACGAGGAUUCAGAGUGGAACUAGAAGAAAUAGAAGGCGCUGUCCGCGACACUCUCGGAGGAGUGGGACAAGUGGCAGUGGACGUCUUCCGCGGAGAGAGCGCCGGCGUCCAUCUCGUCUUGUACUUCUGCUUCAGCCAUGCUACCCAUACGACCGGCACCAAGGGCGGAGACGAAGAGCAACAUGUCUUUCUUCCCUUCACAACGGAUCUCAAGCAACAGCUCUCGGCUAUGAUUUCUGCCCUGGGCAGCAAGCUGCCUCCGUACAUGGUUCCAACAAUGUUCAUCCCCUGCCGGUCCAUGCCGGUCAUCUCAUCGACCAAGCUCGACAGGAAAACACUCCGCGCCCUGACGUCGUUGCUCGGAAAUGAACGUUUGGCCUCGUAUUCACUCGUCGACGCCGAGAAACGCCUACCCGAGACUCUUCUGGAGUCCCGUCUGCAGUCGAUCUGGGCAGAGGCCCUGGGCAUCCCGGCCAGGACGAUCGGUCUCGACGACAGCUUCAUCGCGCUGGGCGGCGACUCUAUCGUAGCCAUCUCUGUCACUACGACGGCUCGCGAGCAAGGUAUCUUGCUGACCGUCGCCGACAUGUUCAACGACCCCCGCCUCUUCGCCGUGGCAGCGACAGCCAGGCUCGUGUCGGCCGAUCUGCCGACGGACGAGGUAGAGCCCUGGAGCCUGCUACCCCCCAGCGAGCACGAUCACGUCAAGGAGACUGCCGUGGAGCAGUGCAAGAUAUCAGCCGCUCGCGUUGUUGACGCGUUCCCAUGCACAGGCAUCCAGGCAGGCCUCAUCACUCUCGCCGAGAGGUACCCAGGGUCUUAUAUGGCUCGAUUCAACAUCCCGGUUCCCAAGAUCGUGGACCUUGAGCUGUUCAAAGAAGCCGUCACCUGCAUGGUGCGUGCCUGCGAGAACCUUCGCACCAGGUUCAUCAUGACCACGCAGGGUCCCCGCCAGAUUAUUGUGCACGAAGCAGUGACAUGGCAGAAUCAUGAGCCCCUGCCUCUAGCCGAAGUCUCUACAAAGCCGCCCCCGUCGGUUGGGUACGGCAGCCGCUUGUCGUUUUAUACUUUGGCACAAGAGAGGGGUGAGCUGUACAUGGUAUGGGACUUGCAUCACUCCAUCUUCGACGGAUGGACGAUGGGUCGUAUGAGCCAGAUCCUCCAAGACGCUUGCGCCGGCAGCAGGAUCGCGCAACCCCUUUCUUACAACAAGUUUGUCAGAUACACGGCCUCUCAAACCCAAGACCAGGCACGCGACUACUGGAUAUCUCAACUUGACGGCGCAGACCCCGUUGAGUUUCCGGCCGUCCCCGCCAACGUGUCGGAAAUCCGCUGCGAUGGGGCUGUCUUGCGUGGCAUAACAGUCCCGGAGCGGCAGGGCGCCAGCAUCACGACGGCCACCAUCCUGCGCGCAGCCUGGGCCGUUGUCGUGUCAUGGUAUAGCGGCAGCCGCGGGGUCGUCAUCGGAAGCACCAUCUCCGGCCGCGGGGCUCCGAUCCCGGGGAUCCAAGACAUUCUCGGCCCGACCAUCGGCACCGUCCCGGUGCACGUCAGAGUCGACGCGUCGGACCGCAUUGUCGACUUUCUGGGUGACGUGCAGAGCCAAGCGAACGCCAUGAUACCCUUCGAGCACACCGGCUUGCAGACGAUUGCAAAGCUUAGCCCGCGUGCCCGCGAUGCGUGUAAUUUCAAGAAUCACCUCGUCAUCCAGCCGGGCGGCAAGCCGGCCAACCUGCCCGAGACCUGCAUCAAGAUCAACGACAUGACGGCGGGCAAAAAUCAGAGCUACGACGUCUACCCGUUGGUCUUCCAAUGUGUGGUGGGUGAGAAGGGCGCGGUGGAAAUCAUGGCAUCGCACGACACCCGCGUCGUUCCGCCAGUGAUGAUGGACCGCAUCUGCGACCAGUUCGCCCACGUUGCUAUGCAACUGUCCACCGCGGACCGGGGCCUUCGCCUCUCGGACAUGGAGCUUUGCGGACCGCACGAUAUCAGACAGAUCAGGCAGUGGAACAUGACCAGGCCGCCAACCGCCGUUCGCGAGUGUGUCCAUGACAUGAUCUCCAGGCGAGCCGCCUCUCAGCCGACACAUUCCGCCGUGGACUCGUGGGACGGCCAUCUGACCUACAGCGAGCUAGAUCGUCUGUCCGAUGUCCUUGCCAACCACCUGCGCUCCCUCGGCGUCCGUCCGGAUACCCGUGUUCCGGUUUGCUUCGAAAAGUCCAUGUGGGCAACGGUUGCAACGCUGGCUGUCCUCAAAGCCGGCGCAGCCUUCGUUCCCCUUGACCCAACCUACCCCGAGACACGCCGCCGCCACCUCGCAGAACAGGUUGGAGCCGAGGUCAUUCUCGCCUCUCCGACGACGUCGCAAUCAUGUGUCGGCACAGCACCCACAGUCGUUUGCGUUUCGGCAACUCUUAUGUCACAGCUACCGAGUGGAGGACCGACAACAGUGACGAGGACUGCCGCCAACACGGCCCUCGCGAGCCCCGAUAGUGCCGCAUAUGUCAUUUUUACAUCCGGUUCCACAGGAAAGCCCAAGGGUGUGGUGGUUGAUCACGUAGCCCUCUGUUCUAGCAUCAUGGGCCACGGGACUGCUUACGGCCUGAGCCCGUCUUCACGGGUUCUGCAGUUCUCCAACUACGUGUUCGACGGCAGUCUCAGCGAGAUCCUGACGCCGUUGGUGUUUGGCGGGACCGUCUGCGUUCCCUCGGACACGGAUCGGCUGCAAGAGACGGCCAAGUUCAUCCGCGACAAACGUGUCAACGUGGCCAUGUUAACCCCCUCGUUUGCAACCACACUGACCCCCGAGGAGGCCUUGACGACGGACAACCUCGACACCUGGUUCGGCCACGUGAAGCUCAUCAACGCAUACGGACCCACGGAGGUGUGCGUUGACUGCGUCUCGCACAUCUUCACCUCGGUGGACGAGCCGCCAACAACCAUAGGCCUCAGUCAAAACGCAACGUCGUGGAUUGUAGAUCCACAAGACCACGACCGCCUGGCACCGGUAGGGUGCGUCGGAGAACUGCUUGUGCAGGGAUACACGCUGUCCCGUGGGUAUCUCGACGAUGCCGAGCAGACCGCCGAGGUUUUCAUCAGCAAUCCCGCCUGGCUCCGGCACUUCAUGUCGGAUCCUGGACCACUGCAGAGAUUCUACAAGACUGGGGACCUGGUCAAGUACAAUGACGACGGCUCAAUAGAGUAUCUGGGGCGUCGGGACACCCAAGUCAAGCUGCGGGGUCAACGCAUCGAGCUCGCCGAGAUCGAACACCAGAUGAAGAGAGCGUGUGCCGAUGUUGAACACGCCGCUGUGGAGGUUGUCAAACGGGAGUCUGGCGCUACCUUGCUCGGCUUCGUGACCUUCCGUGCCAACGGAGAAGAAUCGCCCGAAGAGUCGUCAUCCUCAAGCCGAAGAGAUCGGGAUCCGGUCCUGCUCCCUAUGGACGAGACCUCGGAGGCGAGAGUCAUCUCGAUGCUUGCCAGCCUCAGAGCUGUGCUGCCGGACUACAUGGUUCCUACAAACAUUCUCCCCUUGCAGGAUAUGCCAUUCGGGUCUUCCAUGAAGCUCGACAGGAAGGCUCUCCGGGCAUUCUCGAGCCAUCUGACGCCCGAAAGCUUGUCGUCGACGACGGGAUUGGUGGGUGCUCGUGAGCCAUCCUUGUCCCUGCCAUCUUCCACGAUGGAACUGAAGCUUCGCGACAUGUGGGCUCAGAUCCUUCAUAUCUCUCCGUCGAGCAUCGAUCGAGAAGAUAACUUCCUGCGAAUUGGCGGCGACUCAAUCACCGCUAUCCAACUCGUCACCCUUGCCCGCAAGAAUGACAUCAACAUCACGGUCAGCGCCAUUUUCAAGGACGCCCGGCUCAGCAGCCUUGCGUCGAUGGCCACGGUUGCCGGCGGCAAUGUCGCGGACUUGGACGCCGUGCCUUUCAGUAUGCUGAAGGCAUCUUUGGUGGACAAAAUCCUCCGCCAGGCUGCUGGGCAAUGCGGCCUCGCGAGCAUUGGUGUCAUCGAAGACGCAUACCCCUGCUCCAAAUUCCAGGAAGGACUGAUGGCGCUGACCGAAAAGCUGAAGGGAUCCUAUGUUGCCAAGCUACUUUACAGGAUUCCUGACGACAUCGACUUGGACAAGUUCAAAGCGGCGUGGGAAAAGACAGUCGUUCUGUUCCACAAUCUCCGCACUAGGGUUGUCUUCCUGGACGGAGCUACUAUCCAGGUCGUCGUACGAGACGAAGAAGCUGAGUGGGACUCCUUUGGGGACGUCAGCGUCCAUGACGCGUUGGACCGCAAACCUGAGAUGACUUACGGCUCCCGGCUCUCUUGUUACGCCGUUGCAAAGGGGGAGGACGGCUCGAACUACUUCGUCUGGACGUUACACCACGCCAUCUACGACGGCUGGUCUCUGCGGAUCAUCAUGGAAACCCUGCACAAGAUAUACUACGGCCAUGACCACCACCAAACCGUUCCAUACUCACGGUUUAUCAAGUACAUUGGCGAAACUGACCACGAGGCGGGCAGUCGGUACUGGAGCCAACAGCUUCGGGAUGCCAGGCCGGCAACCUUUCCACCUCCUGGCCGCGCAACGGGGCCUUCCAAAACCCGCGUCACCAGCACCAUCAUCAGCUCUCCGACCUCGGGCGGCUCUGCCGUAACCAAGGCCACGAUCCUCCGUGCGGCCUGGGCCAUACUACUUGCACGCUACUCCGAAGACACAGACGACAUAUGCUUUGCUACUUCAGCCUCGGGUAGACAAGCCCCGGUGCCAGGCUUGGAAGACAUGGCCGGUCCGGUCGUUGCCACGGUCCCGCAUCGGAUCCGUCUGAACCGGGAGCAGCCUAUAUCCCAGUUCCUCUGCGACGUCCAGGACCAGGCAUCCGAGAUGGUAGCGUUCGAACAGUUCGGUCUGCAGGAGAUUGCAAAGUUGAGCACCGAGGCGAAGGAAAUCUGCGACUUCUCCAGCCUGUUCGUCAUCCAGCCGGGCCAGUCUGACGACGAGGCUGCUGAUGGAACACCUGGUCAGGUUCUCGUCACGGCCAGUUCUGAACAGUUCCACGGAAGCGAGAACAUCGAAGGCUACUUCAGUUACCCUCUCGUCGCGCAAGCUCACGUUUUCGAAAACUUUGUGGAGCUCAGCCUCAUCUACGACGCCAACAUCCUACCCGAAUCGCAGAUGACGGCUUUCUCCAACCAGUUCGACAACAUCGUGCAGCAGCUUCUCCCCCAAGACCAGAGCCCGCUGGGCAGCGUCUCCGUUGCCGGAUCCUUCGAUCUACAACAGUCGAUGCAAUGGAACAGCGAGUAUACCCCCAUUGUCAAUGCCUGCUUCCACCAACUCCUCGAGGAGCAGGCGGUUCGACGACCAUCCGUACCCGCCAUCAUUGCGGCCGACGGAGAGCUUACUUACGCGGCGUUGAACCGAGCCGCGAACAGGCUCGCUCACCAGCUCGUGAAACUGGGCGUUGGGGUCGGCGAACUCGUCCACGUCUGCUUCGAAAAGUCGGUAUGGUUUUUUGUGUCCAUCUUGGCCAUCAACAAGGCCGGCGCCGCCUGGGUCCCGCUGGACCCGUCUCAUCCCGAGCAGCACCAGGCACGAGUAACUCAACAGACCAAGGCAAAACUGGCGCUGACAUCGCCGAUCAACACCCCGCGGGUGACUGGCCUCGUGCCGACCACAGUGGAAGUCUCCCAAGAACUGGAUGACACGCUGCAACGGGACCUCAGGACAGACGACAGCAAGCGUGCGCCGAAGACGAGCGUCGGCCCUCGGGACAUCUGUUACGUCGUCUUUACGUCUGGCAGCACGGGAACGCCCAAAGGUGUUGUCCUGGAGCAUAGAUCCGUCUGUACGAUGCUGACGGCCGCUGGCAAGAGGCUCGGAAUGACGCCCCAUGUACGCAUCAUGCAGUUCGCCUCGUACGUCUUCGACAUGUCGGUCGCCGAAACAAUCAUGCCGCUCAUCCACGGAGCCUGCGUCUGCGUGCCUUCGGACGAGAUUCGGGUGAGCGGACUUCUCUCUCAGUUCAUCCGCAAUAUGCGCAUAACCUGGCUGUUCCUCACGCCGGCCUUUGGCCGCACUCUCACGCCCGACGACGUGCCUGGCGUGGAGCUUCUCCUCCUAGGCGGAGAGGCCCUAAGCCGUGAUAACUUGGAUACGUGGCUCGGAAGAGUUCGACUGGUCAAUGCAUGGGGCCCAACCGAGACAUGCGUCUUUGGCACCCUUCACGAACUGGAUCCAUCUGACAAGACCCCGUCCCCUCUCACAAUCGGUCGCCCCGUCGGCGGUAAAUGCUGGAUUGUCGAUCCUCGAAACCACGACCGGCUCGCGCCCAUCGGGUGUGCCGGCGAGAUUGUCGUCCAAGGCCCCACCCUGCUCCGUGAAUAUCUCGGAGACCCCGCGCAGACGGAGGAGACCACGGUCCGGCGUCUACCGAAAUGGGUGUCUCAGCUGCCUGGGUGGGACAGAUUCUUCAAGACGGGAGAUCUGGCCCGGUACAACGCGGACGGGACCAUUGAGUUCAUCGGCCGCAAAGAUAGCCAAGUCAAGGUCCGUGGCUUCCGCAUCGAGGUCGGCGCAGUAGAGUACAACAUCCGCGCCGUCAUGGAUGUCGUCGACGUAGCCGUCGACGUCCUCAGAACCGAUGGCGGCACAGCUCUCGUGGGAUACUUUGUUUGCGCCAACGAAGAGAGCAGCGAAAAGGGAGAUGACGGCGCUAUCUUUCAGGCCAUCACUCCCGACUUUGAGCGGCGCGUUAGAGCCAUGGUUGGCGACCUACGGGCCCGGCUCCCGCAUUAUAUGGUACCAACAACAUUCAUACCGUGUCGCAGGCUGCCUUUCGUCACCUCGGACAAGCUCGACAGGGGCCUCUUGCGGCAGCUCACAGCCGCUCUGGAUCGCAACGAGCUUGCUGCGUAUUCUCUCGUAGAUUCGCAGAAGAGACCCCCGGCCACGGCCAUGGAGCUGCGUCUUCGACAGAUUUGGGCCGACGUCCUGCGUAUCCCGGUAGAUUCCAUCGGCCGGAACGACGACUUCAUUGCCCUCGGAGGUGAAUCGAUUGCAGCUAUUUCCGUCUCUACCAAGGCACGAGAGAGCGGCAUCUGCGUGACGGUAGCCAAGCUCUUCGAGGACCCGCGUCUCCUGGCCGUCGCCGCCUCGGCCACAUGGCUGGAGGAUGGCCCGUUAGACGAAAACAGCGAGCCAUGGAGUCUCGUUCCGAGUGAAAGCCGAGACAUGAUCAUUGGGACCGCCGUCGAACAAUGUCGACCACACCGACCCCUCCUAACGCAGGCAGUUCUCGAUGCAUUCCCCUGCACGCCGAUGCAGGAGGGCCUGAUGGCCCUAGCGGAGACGCGUCCGGGAUCGUACAUGGCACGAUUGACCAUCACCGCACGCGAGGGACUCCCAAUCGACAUGAACCGUCUCACGGGGGCCGUGGCCACCACUGUGUCGGUGUGUGACAAUCUCCGAACUCGCUUCCUCCUCUCUCCGCGGGGCUCCGUACAGAUCAUUGUCGACGAAGAGAUGACCUGGCAACAUCCAGACGAGAUUGUGCGGCUUUCGGAUGCUUUGGCCAAGUCCGCACCUGUUGUUGACUACGGAACACCGCUCUCUUACUUCACCCUCGCCAGAGACGACCAGGACCAGGUUGGUGUGCUCUGGGAUAUACAUCACUCCGUCUUUGACGGGUGGACAAUGGGCCAUAUGGUCCAGAUCAUGCAAGAAGCCUACUCCGGGAGCGGCGUAAUGACCAGGCCGGUUUCCAUUGCCAACUAUGUCAGGCACACGCAGAGUGUCACCGACGAGGCGCUUCGUGACUACUGGGUUUCUCAGCUUGAGGGGGCUGACCCGGUCAAGUUCCCAAGCCUUCCCAUCGGCAUGUCGGGCUCCCAGGUCCGGUGCACUGGCGCUGUCAGGAGUCGUCUUCGCAUUGCAGAGCGGUCCGGAUCAGCAGUCACAACACCAAGUCUCUUACGCGCUGCCUGGGCUUUCCUCGUAGGCCUGUACUCCGAGAGUGACCGCGUCGUGUUCGGCAGUACCAUGUCUGGCCGCACGGCGCCCGUCGUCGGAAUCGAGAGAAUCCUCGGCCCUACCAUCUCCACCGUUCCGGUCCAGGUCCACGUCGACCCCGAGCUGACAGUCGGCGAAUUUCUGACCAAGGUCCAGAGGCAAGCCAACGCGAUGAUCCCCUUCGAGCACACUGGACUGCAGAACAUCUCCAAGUACGGGCCGGCGGCACAACAAGCAUGCGACUUCCACAACCAGCUCGUCAUUCAGCCUGCGGCUCCCGUUCCCGACGGCCUUCGGGAGGUGUCGGAUCUCCAAAUCACCGACGUCGCCAGCAAGAACGAAAGCUUCGACAUCUAUCCUCUCGUGAUGCAGUGCAACGUCGGACCCGAUGACGGUGUGGACGUCAGCUCAUCUUUCGAUCCAUGCGUCAUCCCAGAGACGCAAGUGCGCCGCAUGUGCGAGCAGUUCGAGCACGUCGUUAGCCAGUUGUGCGGCGCAGACGAAGCCUUGAAGCUUUCCGAUAUCAACGUCUGCGGUCCUCACGACAUCGCCGAGAUCCGUGAAUGGAACUUCGAGACCCGGCCGCCACCCGAGGCCGUCCGUACCUGCGUACACGACUUGAUUCGCCAAAAGUCCGUCGAGAUGCCGAGAAAGGAAGCCAUCUACUCUUGGGAAGGUAACCUGACCUAUAGCCAGCUCGACGCUUUGUCAACAGCCUUGGCCACUCGCCUCACCGGCCUCGGGGUUGGGCCGGAGGUGCUGGUUCCCAUGUGCUUCGAAAAGUCCAGGUGGGCGAUCGUUGCUAUGCUGGGCAUUAUGAAGGCCGGCGGCGCUUUCGUUCCCUUGGAUCCUACGAGCUCCCUCGCCCGCAAGCAGGAGAUUGUGCAGAGGGUCAACGCCCAGGUUGUCGUGCUAUCGUCGGCGCUGGCAGAACCCUGCGCCGAAUUGGCGCCGCAUAUCGUCCGACUCUCGUCGGCGUCGAUAUCCGAUCUUCUUUCCUCUUCUCAGCACGCAUCGGCACGUUCGAGCACUGUGACGCUACCCGAAACUCCUGCCUAUGUCAUCUUUACAUCGGGAUCGACCGGGAAGCCCAAAGGUGUCGUCGUUGAACAUACGGCCCUUUCCUCUAGCAUCAUGGGUCACGGCAAGGCAUAUGGGCUCUCUUCCCAUUCCCGCGUACUCCAAUUCUCCAACUUUGUCUUUGAUGGUUGUCUCAGCGAGAUCCUCACGCCCCUAGUCUUUGGGGGCACCGUCUGUAUCCCGGCAGAAGACGACCGUGUCCAUAACGUGGCCCGCUUCAUGCACGAUGCCGACGUCAACGUUGCAAUGCUCACGCCGUCGUUCGUCUCUACCCUUGCGCCGCAGGAUCUCCCACGUCUCAGCACACUCCUGUUGGGCGGCGAAGCUUUGACAAAGCAAAACGUCCAAACCUGGCUUCCCGUCGUGGACAAGCUGAUCAACGCAUACGGACCAACCGAGACCUGUGUCGACUGCAUGUCGCACAUCUUCCACUCCGCAGAUGAGCUGCCCACCACGAUCGGCCGCAGUCAGAACGCCACGGCCUGGAUUGUGAAUCCAAGCAACCACAACCUGCUGGCGCCCGUCGGCUGUGUGGGCGAGCUGAUCAUCCAAGGUUACACUUUAGCUCGCGGCUAUCACAACGACGAGGAGCAAACCCGGGCGGCAUUUGUCGAGAAUCCCGAUUUCAUGUCUGCCUUUGCUACCACCGGGCCGACACGCUUCUACAAGACAGGCGAUCUCGUCCGUUAUAACACCGAUGGCACGAUCCAUUACAUCGGUCGCCGGGAUACGCAAGUCAAACUACGAGGCCAGAGAAUUGAACUCGGCGAAAUCGAGCAAGUCAUCAAGCUGACGGCUCCCAACACGAUUGAGCAUGCGGUUGUCGAUGUCAUCUCUCGCGACUCGGGCGAUGUGCUUACUGCUUUCCUAUCCCUCUUCAACCCGAUGGGGGAUGCGGGCGACGACGAGGAUUUGGCCGGCAACCUCGUACAGCUUGAUGAGAAGCUUCGAGAGUCCCUUGCCAACCUUGGUGAUACCUUGAGGCAGGCCUUACCCGUGUACAUGGUGCCUGCGAUCACACUUGUACUUAAAGACAUGCCUUUCGCCUCGGCAAUGAAAAUUGACAGGAAGAGACUCCGUCAGCAAGCCUCGGCCUUACCCGCGAGCGUUACUGCGGCAUACGCUCUCGAGCAACGAUCGGCGGCGUUCCGAGAACCCACCACAGAGCUGGAAACUCAACUCCGUCAAGCAUGGGCUCGUGUUCUCCAGAUACCCCAGGGCUCCAUCAGCACCGACGACAACUUCUACCAACUCGGCGGCGAUUCCAUCCGGGUGGUAACCCUGUCCAGGUACAUCAAAGACGACCACGACGUGCAGCUCGGCCUCUCUGAGAUCAACGGCGGCAACUCGACGGUCCGCGGCAUGGCACGAUACAUCGAGCAAGCGCGUGAUAUUGGCUCUUCCGCUGCUCUUCCCUACGUCAAUCUGAUGAGCAAGAUAGCGCCUUUGCUCGAGGAGACGUGGACAGCCGGCCGGCAGCAGCUCUUGGACCAUCCGCUUACCGGCCUGCCCAACAGGGCCACCGUUCUUCUCACCGGCGCCACUGGCUACCUCGGCAAUGAGAUCCUCAAACAGAUUUUGCAAUCGGAAAAGGUCGGCACCGUCAUCGCGCUCGUGCGUGCUUCAACCUGCGCCCACGGUCUCGAACGCGUCAAGAAGACAGCCAAGAUCGCCUCCUGGUGGGACGAUUCGUACGCCGACAAGAUUGAAAUCUGGCCCGGAGAUCUCUCUGCCAACGGCAUGGGUCUAGACAAGGACCAAUGGGAGCGAGUCACGGGCUGUUCUCGCAAGGCCGCGAAUGUUGACGCCGUUAUCCACAACGGAGCCUCCAUGAGCUGGACCGCAGACUACGACAGAGUGCGCGCCGCCAACGUUGACUCCACCGUCGCCCUUCUCAAAGCUGCCGCUGCCUCUUCUAUUCAUACCCGGUUCGUGUACGUGUCGGGUGGAGCCAAGGCCGAUACACAGAGGGACCGCGACGCCUUUGCUCGUAUACUCGGCCACGGCACCGGUUACGCGCAGACCAAGUUCGUCUCGGAGAGCAUUGUCUACGGCGUUUCAACCCGGCUGCCGGACGUCCAGAACCGCGUGUCUGUCGUCAAGCCCGGCCUCAUCAUCGGCGGCGCCGACAAGGGCGUUGCAAACGUCGACGAUUACCUCUGGCGUGUCGUCGGCGCCGCCGCGAGUCUGGGAGUCCACCCCUCCGAGCCGGAGGGCCACUGGCUGCCAAUGCUCGACGUGAGGCGCGUUGCUGGCGCCGUCGUGAACCAGCUGCUUGCGGACGCGAACGCGGGAGUCGACAAUUUCGUCGAUAUCCCCGAUGGCAUAUCCGUGGCCGAUUUCUGGAGCCUGGUCAACGCGGAGCUCCGACAACCCUGCGCACCGAUGCCAUGGGCCGAAUGGCUACCGCUGGCGCACGCUGAUAUGGAAAAGGUCGGCGACAGUCACCCACUGUGGCCGGUGCAGGCGUUUCUCGGAGAGAUCGGGAUACCUUCAGUCGACGGCUCUCCGGCUUCUGCCGCGGACGCCGAGCUAAACCGUGCAGUAAGAGAGAACAUCAAGUACCUUUCCCGCGUCGGGUUCUUGGCCUCUGCGCCGAGCGAGCAGGUCACGCUCAAAGAGGACGUCAUCAAACGUACGGAGACGAUCAAGUUUUGAGGUUUCGCAUAAUGGUUUUUUUCUUUUUUCUUUUUGAAGCACUCGUUCAUCAGUCGUGGGGACGCACAAGGAAUAAUGAUUGUGAUAUUCCGGGCGAUUAAUAGUUUCUUUUGUUUAGACUCGAUCGUUUUCUUAUCAACUACAUGAUGCAGUCCAGGUGGCAUUCUUUCUAGAUGCUACAGCACAUCUAGUUCAGGCACAUUUUCAUCUGUAACUUAUUGAAAAAUCAACACUCUUGGAAACAAUGGCGACAUAUGUCGAAUGGAAGCCGAUAUUCCACAGACUCAAUAUUUAUUUUCUUCAACGACAGAUGUUCUAAUUUAACUCGUUGUCCGCUGGUCUUUCAAGACAUAUGGGGUGAGGAUGCUAAAUUCAUGUGUUCAAGGGGUACG